GUUUAGCGUGUUCUUCACCGGACACCCUCCGUCUUUCUCCGUUGUUGUUUGUUUCUUUGUUAUCAUCAUUCUGGAGAUCAUUCCCUUUCUAUUAUUAUUAUUUUUUGGUUUUUCUUUCUUAUUGUUUUCUGCGUACACCGCGUAUCUCCCCCUGCCUUCAGCACUUGUUUUGUUUCCACUAACCCCUCUUCGCCAUCAUCAUCAUCAUCAUCAUCAUCAUCAUCUCGUAGAGGCUGAUCUAUCACUCUUCCUCUUUUCCCCUUGUUUUUACUUGCUUAUCUUCUUUAUUUUCUUUAUCCUCGAUGCCUACUCUCUCGGACUUCGGCGCCACGUACCCCGCGGCGGCCCCUGGCCAGGAGCGCAAGGUGAUCUACCUCCCCUCGUUCGACCCCCGCGUCGAGGCGGACCACAUGCGGGUGCAGCUCAUCCCCGGCCGUCACGAGGACUGCGAGGACGGCCGCCUAUACAACCUCACCGGCACCAUCUCCGAAGGCACCAUCGAGGGCUGGGGCUACUCGUAUUACGUCGUCACCCUCGGCGACAUCUACGCCGCCCACCGCACCCCCGCAGACGCGGAGGGCGCCACCACCUUUGUGGCCAUGUACGAGAACCCGAUCAUCACCUACAACAGCAGGCUGCCCGUUGUCGUGUACAUGCCAGAGGGGACGGAGCUGCGCUACCGCAUUUGGAGGGAUGAGCUCGGUCGGACCGCGGAGGAGACGGCUCCGGCGGCUGCCCCAGCUCCACAGGCCGCUCGCCACCGCUCCAACACCGAUGAGCUCGAUAAUCCACGUCGUCGCAGCGCGCAGGUGAAGGAGUAUCCGGAGCCGGCGGCCAGCCGCGAUAUCCCGCCGAUCGCCGGGUACGAACAGGAGGGCGGACGGAAGUCACGCGAGUACGUGGCGGAGGCGCAGGAGGCCCCCGCGCUGCGUGCCGAGGAGGGCGGACGGAAGUCACGCGAGUACGUGGCGGAGGCGCAGGAGGCCCCCGCGCUGCGUGCGUCAGAGAAGGCCGGCGACCACGACAAGGCCUAUCGCGAGAAGGUGGCCCAGGAGCGCCAGCAGGAGUUGCGGGCGAAGGAGGCGCAGCCCGACGACCGCCGUGAGCAUCGCAAGAGUGACCCCAACUCGGAGCGUCGCCGGCACAGCUCGACGAAACCGCGCAAGCACAGCUCCUCGGAGGUCGGCGAGGCGAGUGCAGAGCGGCAGCGCCGCCUGUCCUCGACGGAGAACUCGCCUUCCGAGGGCUACAAGCGCCUAAGCGUCGAUAAGGGUCGCAGCGACUCCGCCGCCUCAGGCCGCCCGUCAUCUACGUCGUCGAACGGCAAGGAAGGAGCUUACGAGAAGAAGGCGAAGAACUUCUGGAACCGCGCGCGUGGCAACUCCAAGUCGAAGGAUUCCUCGCCCAAGAAGAGCGGCAGCAACGGUGAGAAGUGGUCGGAGAUGUAG